AGUUCGGUCGAUACGGGAGGGACCGAUCGGAGUGGGGACGCGCCCCGCAUCUCUGAUGAGUAGUCUACACGGAAAAGGGUUCGCUUCGAGCGGUUUUGUUGGGGAAAAAAGACGGAUACCGCGUCUAGGGUUUUAGGAAAUAAAGGGAUUUCGAUUUUAUGCGUCUAUUAAUGAUAUGGGGGGCCGCGGAAGACCAUUAUUCGACCUUAACGAGCCACCUACCACGGAAGAGGAUGACGAAAUAGUUGCAGUUGCGCCCUGCGUGCCACAGAAGUCUCUUCCAACUUUGAAUCCGCGCACGUCCAACCUUCUUCCUUCGCUUGAAGAGUGUCCCAGGAUAUUCAAUAACAAUGCUUUCACCCAUGCUGCUUUUGGUUCAGGAUUCCAACCAUUUAGGAUCAAAGAACAACAUAGGGAGUCUGCCAAGCAGAAAAAGGAUGAUUCAGUAGUCAACAGCCAAGGACCUGCACCGGCUGCUUCUGCAAGCAGAUGUGACGAUGAAAAGGUUGUAGAGGUCGUUGUGAUGAAGGAGGCGCAGCCUGUAGAGAAGGAGGAGGGAGAAUGGUCUGAUAUGGAAGGAAAUGCAGAUACAGAUGCACGCAGCGGGAGUAAGGAGCAAGAAAAAGCUUUUGAUAAUGGUAAUAUUUCUGAUCCAGCCAUGCUGGAUAUGAAUAAUGAUUCACAUAUACCUAGCACCAGUAAUGAUGGUGCAGUGGAUAGCACUAAAGAUGCAAAAGGUUCAGAUGGUAGUUUCAAGGGGGAUACUAAUGCAGAUGUCCCAGAGGAGCUUUCGGGAGCAUUAAAGAGAAAAGAGGUUAGAGGUAUUGAAGCUACUCAUGCCUUGAGGCUUGCUAAUCAUAAUCCUUCAAAGAAGGCUAAAUAUGAUGAAGAGAAGGAGCAGAAGUUAGGGAAGUUAGGAAAGACAAAGCCAAAGACUAUUCUUGUUGGCAUGGAUGAUGUGAAGAAUAAUUGCUCUAUGAAAAACACAUCUCAGAGGAGGCAAUCUUCAUUUGCGGCUACUACUACCACAACUACUCGAACAUCAAUAAAAGAAAUAUCCAGAUCAAACUCUGUGGUAGAGAGGACUGGGGAGAGACCUGGUCAGGGUGGAACCAAGGAGCAGAAACAGCAGUCUGAGGUAAGAUCAGAAGCAAGCAGCACUGUUGAACUUAGUGAACUUAAGACUGAACCAAAUGGCGAUGCAAUUCCAGGGCCCCAAACACGUUCAAAGAAGAUAAAUAAUUGUGAAAGUCCUCACGAAAUUCAUCUAACACCCAAUUCAAGACCCAGUUCAUGGAAGUCUUCUGUGGAUUCCAGGCUGUUUAAGCCUUCGGCAGCUUCUUCAAAGAAACAAACAGUGACUGCUCUGGAAACUGCAGAUGCAAAAUUGGGGAACAAAAGACCUCUUCUCUCCAAGAAACAGAAUUUUAAUAACCAGCAAUACAAUGACACAUCUGUUGAAAGGCUCCUGAGGGAGGUGACUAACGAACAGUUUUGGCAUCAUCCAGAGGAGUCGGACCUUCAAUGUGUCCCGGGAAGCUUUGAAUCUGUCGAGGAGUAUGUUAGAGUCUUUGAACCUCUACUCUUCGAGGAAUGUAGAGCACAGCUGUAUAGCACGUGGGAGGAAUCAACAGAAAUGGUAUCAAGGGAUGCACAUGUCAUGGUUCGUGUGAAAAUGGUGGAAAGACGAGAAAGAGGGUGGUUUGAUGUCAUUGUUCUUCCAAUUCAUGAAUGCAAGUGGAACUUUAAGGAGGGCGAUGUUGCAGUCCUUUCAACCCCGAAACCUGGUUCAGCACCUAGAUCUAAUAAAAGGAUUAUGAAUUCUGGCGCUAAUGAGGAUGAUAAUGAAUUUGAGGUGACUGGAAGAGUUGCUGGCACUGUCAGAAGGCAUGUCUCUACAGACACUCGAGAUCCUCCAGGAGCAAUUCUUCAUUUUCAUGUUGGUGAUUCAUAUGAUUCUAGCAGCAAAGUGGAAGAUGAUAAUCUUCUGAGGAAACUUCAGCAGCCAAAGAGUACAUGGUAUCUAACCGUGCUAGGUUCGCUUGCAACCACACAGAGGGAAUACGUUGCUCUCCAUGGGUUCCGACGCCUUAACUUGCAGAUGCAAACUGCAAUUCUCAAGCCAAGUCCGGAAUACUUUCCCAAGUAUGAAGAACAGACUCCUGCCCUGCCUGAAUGUUUUACUCAAAGUUUUGUGGAUCAUCUUCAUAGAACGUUUAAUGGUCCACAAUUAGCUGCUAUUCAGUGGGCUGCAAUGCACACUGCUGCAGGUACGACUAAUGGAUCAACUAGGAGGCAAGAACCUUGGCCUUUCACGCUCGUUCAAGGUCCUCCAGGUACGGGUAAAACACACACCGUCUGGGGCAUGCUAAAUGUGAUCCAUCUAGUGCAGUACCAGCAUUAUUACACCGCAUUGCUCAAGAAACUUGCCCCAGAGAGCUACAAACAGCUGAGCGAGUCCACCUCAGAGUGCAGCACAAAUACUGGAUCAAUUGAUGAAGUUUUGCAGAGCAUGGAUCAGAAUCUCUUACGAACUCUUCCAAAACUUUGCCCUAAGCCCAGGAUGCUUGUGUGUGCUCCAUCAAAUGCUGCAACAGAUGAGCUUUUAUCACGCGUUCUUGAUCGCGGUUUCAUUGAUGGAGAGAUGAAGGUCUACCGUCCUGAUGUUGCCAGGGUCGGAGUUGACUCUCAAACAAGAGCAGCUCAGGCGGUUUCUGUUGAGCGAAGAACUGAACAGCUCUUAAUGAAAGGCUUUGAGGAGAUUCAUGGGUGGAUACAUCAGUUAAGAGCUCGCGAGUCCCAAUUCUCGCAGCAAAUAUCUGUUCUUCAGAGGGAGCUCAGCACAACAGCAGCAGUUGGUCGGUCCCAAGGAUCUGUUGGUGUUGAUCCUGAUGUUCUUGCUGAUCUGGAUCAUAAUAGAGACCUGUUGCUGCAGAACCUUGCUGCAGCUGUUGAAGGAAGAGACAAGGUUUUGGUCGAGCUUUCACGUCUUUUUAUUUUAGAAGGCAAGUUCCGUCCGGGGGUUUCCUUUAAUCUCGAGGAUGCUCGGGCCUGUCUUGAAGCAAGUUUUGCCAAUGAAGCUGAAAUAGUCUUCACAACUGUUUCUAGUAGUGGCAGGAAAUUGUUCUCUCGGCUCACCCAUGGCUUUGAUAUGGUUGUGAUUGAUGAGGCCGCCCAGGCCAGUGAAGUGGCUAUUCUUCCUCCUCUCUCACUUGGUGCUGCUAGGUGCGUUCUUGUUGGAGAUCCCCAGCAACUUCCGGCGACUGUCAUCAGCAAGGCUGCUGGAACGCUUUUAUACAGCAGAAGCCUUUUUGAGAGGUUUCAGCAAGCUGGUUGUCCUACAAUGCUACUAUCAGUACAAUACCGAAUGCACCCACAAAUUCGUGAAUUUCCAUCCAGGUACUUCUACCAGGGGCGGUUAACUGAUAGCGAGAGUGUUUCAACGUUGCCAGACGAGAUAUACUAUAGAGACCCUCUAAUGCAGCCUUACAUUUUUUAUGACAUUAUGCAUGGACGAGAGUCCCACCGUGGUGGCUCCGUAUCAUAUCAGAAUUUAAUGGAAGCACAAUUUGCGUUGCGGUUAUAUGAAAAUCUUCAAAAAAUUGUAAAAACUGAUGGUGGGAAGAAAGUUACGGUUGGAAUAAUUACACCUUACAAGCUUCAGCUGAAGUGCCUCCAAAGGGAAUUUGAGGGAGUUAUGAAUUCUGAUGACGGUAGAGAUAUCUACAUCAACACAGUUGAUGCUUUCCAGGGCCAGGAGAGGGAUGUUAUAAUCAUGUCUUGUGUUCGUGCUUCAAACCAUGGUGUAGGAUUUGUUGCUGAUAUACGUCGAAUGAAUGUUGCGCUCACUCGAGCAAGAAGGGCGUUAUGGGUUGUGGGCAAUGCCAAUGCUCUGAUGCAAUCAGACGACUGGGCAGCUCUGAUUAACGAUGCUAAGACGAGGAAUUGUUUCAAGGACAUAGGUAGUAUUCCAAAGGAAUUUAUGGGAAUGAAAGGGCCGACAUAUGCCACAGGAAAAGUGUCCUCAAAUAACAUGAGGAGUUUCAGAAACGCUGGGCACAGACAGAGACACAUCGAGAUGAUGCCGGAGAACAGGUCUGCUACACCAUCCGAAGACGAAGAGAAGUCAGCCUCCUUCACCCCAAGGAAUGGAAGCUACAAAAGCCUGAAAUCAGUUGAGAAUUCUAUGGAUGAGAUGGGGCAUUCCAGUGAUAGGCCCAGAGAUUAUGGGGCCACAAAGAGGCAGAGUUCCUUUGGAGGAGGUUUCAGAAGAGAUGGUUGAUGAGAUGAAGCCAGGUUUUAUUUGUUGUUAAUCAAUGACUUGUGAACCUUGGGCUCAAAUGAUCUUAUUCUUGGACCAGCUUGAAGAAUCACAACUGAGGCUUUGUCGCCGAAACAGGCUCGCCUUAUUGCCGGUCGUGCCUCUACGGAGACAUGGCUUGGGAUCAGAACUGUGACGGAUGCAUGUCUCACAGUACGCUAUAAAUUGGAAUCAACCCCUUAAGGAUUGGGUUUGAGCAGAGAAUCAAGGCUUUGGCAGUGUUUGAGAGUUGCAGGAACUCUGGGGACUUUGGUUAAUGAAGAUUUCAAACUUUGUGCAUAUAAUGCAAAUCACCCCAGCGUUUUAGUUUGAUUCUCGGUUGGGAUUAUCCGAUCCAAUUCUGUGCAGUUUUGCAAGUUUCUUAAGGUGCACUGCCCUGCGACCUCCAAUUUAUGGAGUCUAGUGUUGAUAAUUCAUCUUUAGGCUUAGAAAUGAGAUUAAUAUGUAAUAUAGGGGAUGAAUUCUCCAAAAUGGGAACUGACCUGGAUGAUGUAUAGUGUCAGGGGAUAUUUGAUUCAUGCAUGUGGUCUGGGAUCAUCCUAAAUGCUGUAAAUUAGUGAAACAUUGAAGGUGAAAAUUUAAAUUCUUUAUUUCCUUGA